AGUGGGACUUCUAUGCUUCUUUAGAUCUUUGUGUGUCUGUCUUUUUUCAUUUCUUUCAGGUGUGAUGCUGGAAGGGCGUGGCCUCCAUUGGUCCAAGUGGAGGGAAGGGACCUUCAAGAGCACAGUGUGGACCUCCAGCCCACAAGAAGGGAUCUGGGCUGCAGUAUGUCUCCAUUGCAGCUUGGCGCUCUUCUCCACCUGUUUUGUACUUUGUGUUGGAUUUUGUAGUUUCUUUAUAGUUUUGUGAAGCUGUAGUGGUAAACUGUCAUUAUCUUUCUAGUAUAUAUUUUCUCCUAUUUAUGAUAGUCCAGGGAGGUUAGUGUUUGUCAUUCUUUUACUUUUUGUUUUGCAGGUAGGUGGGGUUUUGUCUGUUAUUUUGGCAUUGGUUCACCCUGAAGCAUUUUUGCUUGCCAUUUCAGUUAUUGUUUGGAUGAUUUCUUGCAAAUGAAUCUUAUCUUUUUUUUAUGGAGACAUUCUUUUUGUGUUUUUGUCACACAUUUUUCCUAAUUUAUCAUUGUGCGAUGCCCCAGAUGCCCCUAAACAAAAUGAGGCGUAACACCUGUCAACACUAGACGAGCCGUUUGCGGCUGUUUGGGGAGUGGCAAUAGGUAAUUUGAGCUCGCCUCCUCUUCAGGGAGGAGGUUAAAUGUUUGUCUCAACCGCAUUUCCUGACAAUCAUGAACUCCACAGUGAAGAAGUUAGAUGUUACCUACAACCCCAUCAAUGAGAGGAACACCUUCACCAAUGGAGACUUUAUUAUAGGACAAGUCACCCUGGAAAUGGAAACACAUGGAGAGACUACUGUGGUGUACCACUCUAAAGAGAAAUACUUCACUCUGAAGCAGUACUUCAUACGAAACCAGAAUGUCAAAGAGCCCAAGCAUGUCCAGCUGAUAAACCACACGUCUGAAUCAUACCCCAGAGUUGUGGCCCCUGGAAUUCAUGUCUACCCAUUCUGCUUUCAGAUCCCUUUACAGGGUAUCCCCUCCGCCUUCAAAGGUGACGAUGGUAAGAUUGUGUUCUCAUUGGAAGCUGAGUUGAGCAGGUCAAUGAGGAUUGACAAGAACUCCACCGUAACAAUCAACUUUGAGGCAAAACCCGACCCAAACAUCCUCUCUAGGAUAAUGACCCCGCUGCGUGAUUCCAAGGAUAAGAAAAUGAAUGUCUUCACUUCGGGGUCUGUAGCUAUGGAUGUGAGACUUGAAAAAUCUGGUUUCUACCAAGGGGAAGGAAUAAAGGUGGUUUCAUUCAUCCAGAACAAUUCCUCUCGUGAGAUCAAGCCCAAGUACUGCAUUUAUAGAAAGCACAGUUUCUUUGCAAAUGGGGAGAGAAGAGUCCAUACGAAAGAUCUCAUCAAAGAGGUUGGAGCACCCAUCCCUAAGAAGACAUCAGAAACGGUCAAACAGGUUAUCACCGUCCCCCACGAUGCUCUUCCAUCCAUCCUCAACUGCAACAUCAUCAAGGCAGAGUACAGACUGAGGGUCUACCUUGAUGUCAAGUUUGCUUCAAAUCCAACAAUCAAAUUUGACAUCAUCGUCCUUCCAGUCUCCCUCGGGUCUGCUCAUGCACCACCACCAUAUUCUGCUGCUGGCUUUGAACCAGAAGCCUUUGGGAAAUCUGCUCCUACUCCAUGGAAUUCAGCACCUGCACCAUGGGACCCAGCCGCUCCGAAAGGGAAACCUGCCCCCCCAGCAUGUAACCCUGUCCCUCCACAACCAUCAUCAGAAUCUCCACCUUUUGGUGCUCCACCUCCCCCUUAUGAGACACAUCAACUGUACCCUUCUCCAAAUGAUUUUUCUCAGACAAAACUUUAACAAUCUUCACAUAAUGUUGAGCCAUGAAGGUACAAAGAGGUCAUUACGCCAAUGCUUUGAUUUACAUUUAAUUAAAAAAAUCUUAAUUAUAUUUUUAGUCAUAAAAAUGAAGGAUUAUAUUCUUAGGAGUGUGUUUAGUAUUACAGCUAAAACUAAGCAGCUAACUAGUCUUAGAGCAUGUGCCGGUGUCGUCACUUUAAAUAAAAUCGCCAACUUCAGGAUGACCAUGUACCAAAACAGAACUCAAAUUACCAGGAUUCAUAUUUUACGAUAUUUUGCACAUUAUCUUUUCUAAUCAGGCUGUUCGAAACGCUGCUGAAAAGUCAAGUUGGUCCAAAAGAUGCAGUCAGUCUUGCUUUUAAUUAUAGCUUCCCUUUAUCAGCUGCAUAGUAAAAAUCAGAAUACAA